AUGAAAAAUACUGAUUGUUUUCGUAUAGCUAUAGUGGGUAUGGUCCUGACGGGCGUUUGGUUUCCUGAAAAUAUUAAGAAAAAUUUUUACAAAAUUGUGUUCUUCCUUUACGCUUUAUUUUAUCAGUCCGUAUUUUUCUUCGCAACAAUUUUUACCGAAAUAGUGCAUCUAAGUCAGGUAAUCAACAACUUACAGAAAUCUGCUGAAGUAAGCCUUCUAUUGCUGACACAUUUAGCACAACUGGCUAAAAUUGUUACUAUUUGGUGCCGUCAGUCGAAGAUUAAGCACCUUCUGCAUGAGUUGGAAAGCCCAGCUUUCAACCGUGAAGAAUCGGCUAAGAAAAUAAUUUUGAAUAGGACCAUUAAAUUGGCUUAUCUCGUUAGCAAAACUUACUCUUUGAUUGUACUAGUUACAGCCUCGAUGUGGGGAGUGUUCCCACUGCUGAAAGCUAACACAUCUACAUUAACUCUACCCUUGGGAUACCCGUAUGUUUCUCAGCAGUCUUCUAUUAUGUUCACAGUAAUGUACGUGUACCAGCUGUCCAGUAUCGUGCUCAACGGCUUCGGCAAUACAGCCGUAGACUUCCUGGCGGGGGGCCUGACCAUGCUUGCGUCUGCGCAGCUCGACCUGCUGAGCUGUGAGCUGGCGAGAUUCUGAUCAAGAUCUGAAAUCAGAUUUGUAAAAGAGAUAGAAAACAUCUUCAGUGUGCCAGUAUUCUUACAGUUCGCAUUAGCGUGCAUGGUUGUUUGCAUGACCGCUUUCAAAAUAGCUUGUGCAAACGAGACAACACAAAUUAUUAGACUGAUGUUUUAUCUAGCAACUAUUUUGAUGGAAUUACUGGUUUACUGUUACUUUGGUCAUGUUAUCAUUUCCAAGAGUCAAAAGGUAGCCGAGGCAGUAUACUCCAGCGACUGGCAGCGUACUUCAGUGAAGACCCAAAGAUCCCUAAUGCUGUUGAUGCUUCGAGCGCAGCGCCCUCUGUCCAUUACUGCUGGGAAACGGUUCCACCUGUCCUUGGUCACGUUUGUGGCGAUUCUGCGAUCGUCGUAUUCCUACUACGCCGUGCUCAACCAUCACAUGAAAAAUUCAUCACCUUAAACUAUUACAAGAACCUAGGUACAACUCAGUGGUAUAGAAUAGUCUUUACGUUUUAACGAUCAUACCAAAGAAGUCACACAAGAAUAAAUAAAUACACGAUA